AGAAAGAAAAAAAAAAAAAAAAAAGAGUGUUCCAAGUUUAACUGGCUGAAUUGUGCUGACUGCUGCGGCCAGCAGGGGCGCGCUGGGAGGCAGAGACAGAAAAGCUUACAGCACCUGGUAUUCCCAAGCAAAUUCCCCUCCAAGUACCUAAGCGAUCGUCAGCCAUCCAAUGGUUGAGCAGAGCUGAGCAGAGCUGAGCAGCAAUCAGCCAAUGGUUGAGCAAUGCUGAGCAAAGCUCACGCUCAACAGACCAAUCAUUGAGCGAGGAUCGGAAAACGUCAUCUAGCUGUGUGAGCUGUUAUACAAAAAUACUGGUGGCCAUUGAUGAACGAUUGGACUGGUUUCUUUACUCUCAGGUACGUUUGGUAUAAUUAUGUGCUAAGUAAUGAAUGAAACUCGAUAUAUUUGUGGAUAAUUUGCCUGAUAUUCAAGGUUUUACUUGAUAAUAUAUCUUGUUAGCGCCGUACUGACACUAAUUUUCUAGCUCCGCUUGUUGACAUUGAAAUAGCUAACCGCUAGGGGUUGAUCUCUCUGAAAUGCGUUUAAAAUGCGACCAGACUAUUGAUUUUACAUGUUGAGACCUUGAAGAAUGUACUACUACUGUGUGGACUCUAAAUGUAAAGCUUAAAUAUGCUUUAGAUGCGUUAGAAUAUCAACCGCGAUUAGCAUGCUAAAUGCAUUGAAAAUGAAUGAAUGAGCUAGCAAUCACUGGUGUUAUGACCUGACGAUCCCUGGCAAUUCUUCAAAAACGUGAUCUGACACUCUAGCUAACUUCUUAAGACCAUAGAGAUGGUGUUACAACAGUGUGGGGUUGAAAUUCGAUGUGUAAAUAUGCUUUAAAAGUGUAAACAUGUCAACCGCGAUUUGCAUGUUAAAAACAGUGAUGAAUGAAUGGGCUGUUUUUGGUUACUACUUUUACGAGGGCUGCUGGGAUUCUAAAAAUGUAUUUAAGCCCUCAUCAGCUUUUAGUUUUACUCAUUUAUUCAUGUUGUACUGUACCAGAUGAAACAUGGUGAAGACAAUCCCUGGAAAUUCUUCAAAAACGUGAUCAGACACUUUAGCUCACUUCUUAAGACCAUAGAGAUAGUGUUACAACAGUGUGGAGUUGAAAUUUGAUGUGUAAAUAUGCUUUAGAAAUUUAAAUAUGUCAACGCUAUUUGCAUGUUAAAAACAAAGUGAUGAAUGAAUGGGCUGUUUUUGGUUACUACUUUUACGAGGGCUGCUGGGUCUCUAAAAAUGUAUUUAAGCCCUCAUCUGCUUUUCAUUUAUUCAUGUUUUACUCUACCAGAUGAGUCAUGGAGAAGUUUAAACAUCGGUGCAGCGUGUGCGACAAGACUUUCACUGAAAAGUCCAACCUGACGAGGCAUCUGAAGAUCCAUGCUGUCGCCAGGAAGACCUUUGACUGUGAUGUCUGCAGUAAGAGCUUGACCACCAAAUCAUCGCUGGUCAGCCAUCAACAGCAACACCAGUACCCCAACAUUGUUUUGUACCGGCAAGGAGAGGCCAGGCUGAAGUGUACAGAGCCAGCCAAGUCUGUGUCAGAGGCCCCCAGCACCGUUGUUGACCCUACAUGGCUGGAUCCCAAGACAGCAGAGGCGAUGGCCAAGAGAUCCGGGGGUGAGCUGUGGAAAGGUCAGCUGGUCAUUGUGUUCGGGAAGUACGCCGGUCAAACGUUCAGGUGGCUUCUAGAAAACGAUGUCGGCUGGCUGGUGUGGUUGCUGUUCCAGUACUGCCAGCAGGGAGAGCAGAACGAGCUGCUGAAGUGGCAGAAGGAGCGACUGCUCGAGUACGCCAAAGAGUUCCCUCCUGUCACAUGGCACCUUGAGAGGAGGUUGAAGAAAGUGCAAUCGAAGCCCGACCUCUCUCAGCAGGACCCAAACUACGCCAGCGAUGCCGAGUUGUUGACUGCUGCAGAGAGUGUCCUGGACAGGUCCGAGGCAUCGGUCAGCACGCAGCUGACCACCUGGGGAGACCUCGCCAGCUCUGUGUGCCAGGACGACAGGCCCGGACCCUUGUCCCUCCGAGAGACCUCGGAACCCAAUGGCGUCGUGCUGGAGGGCUGGCAGAAGUUCUGGGAGCAGCCGCCUGAAUCCGCCCAAGCCCUUGGUAUAGUCCCUGCGAACAUCAAGUGGCUGAAGACCAAUGAGACCUACGGGCUGUUUGAGAGGGCGUCUAAGUAUAAGAAUGUUAGGGGAGAGAUGGCCGAGAGGAAGCUCUUUAAGGAGAAGAUGGAGUUCCACCCGCCCCCACCUCCUAUGGCCGUCAAGGGAGCUGUGCCCAACAUGCUCUCCUUCUUCACCACCCCUGCCUUCUUCUGGCGCCCGGUCGGCGUGAUGAAGGCAUUGAUCCGCUGCCCCAACACCAACUGCCCCGCACCGCCAGAGUACUACCUGGAGAAGAGAGGGUACGGCAGCUACGCCAGGCAAGUGUACGGCUUGAACUUCCUUUACACCCUGCUGACCGAGAGGUUGAUGUGCAAACACUGUCUCAAGCUGAGGGAGGAGCCGAGCCAGACGCAGGCGGACGACGAGGAGGACGGCGCCCACCGUGCCCAGCUGCAGUACACCUGGCUGGCGUACAGUCCGAAAAUUCUGAUGAACCUUGCCCCGGCCAUCAGAAGCAUGUUCCCUGCCAUAGUCUGUGGCAAGCGUGCUGUGGACAGGAGUGUCGUCACCCUGAUGAGCGACCGACUCAACGCUGUGUCAAUGAGCAAGGUGCAGAGGCUGCUGCAGCAGGGCCACGACGAGUGGUACGUGGAGCGUCGGGACUUGUACCAGACUCUCCUGUACGAUGCCCACACGUCGGCGGCUGGAUCGUCUCAGCAAGGCAUCCUGUCGUUUGCCAGAGCAGCCGGCACUUACACCCCUCCCAUCGCCCCGUCUCCCCUUCCGUCUGCUCGGGUCCUGAGGCGUGCGCACCUGAUCCUGGAGAUGGAGAAGAUGCCCGUGUACAGGGACCAAAUCCUCAGUACGACUGGGGAAAUCCUGUGCAUCGACGGCACAAGGAAGAUUCUCAAGAAGAUCUACGGCGACGGCCAGGGCACCAUGCAGUACGUCACCAGCGUGCUGAAUGAGUGGGGUCAGUUCUUGACCACAGUGGUGGUGGCGUCCGAGUCCGAGGGCUGCUACGCACGCAUGGCCAGAGGUCUGGUCGCCCGCUUUCGCCGUGCCAACGCUCCUGCUCCAAAGGUGGUGUACGCGGACAACAACUGCUGUCGUGACAGCGGUUCGUCGUUUUUGGAGAAUCUGUUUGGUGACUGGGUGAAGAGGGGUACCGUCAUCAGGCUGGACAUCCGCCACUGGCUGCAUCGCUGGGAUGCCGUCGUGAUCAAGCAGAGCCACGCCAAGUAUGGGGCUUUCAUGAGUGCCAUGGCGGGUGCCGUGCUCGCCUACAACAAGGCGGACAUGAUGCUUCUUGUCCAGGCGGUCAGGAACGGUAACCCAGAGCUCUACGGCAGGUACUCUGAUGAGGAGAUGAUGGCCUUCCUCAAGCCUUAUCAGAUCAGGUCGUAUGUAAGGCGUAUUACCUGUGGGGUUGUGGAGACUGCUUUAGUGAUAGAGUCCAUCCUUGCUGAGUUCCGGGGACCAGCCGGCCUUGACAUCGAUGGCAUUCACCUGUUCAAGUCGCCAGAGGCAGUCGACGCUCACUGGGCAGUUGCGAGCAAGCACCUCAGUUGCAUGCAGGAUCCCCCUGGCAUACCGCUGUAUGUGUCUGUGAAGGUGGUGGUGAUGAACGGCGUCCGACUGAACAAGCACAAGUGCCGGCGAGGCAGCAACUCUCUGGAGGGGUUGCACGCCCACCUGUUCAACGCCGUCCCUUCACAGCGAUGUGGGAUUAUGCCAUUCCAAGUAUACUUGGUAUCCUUUGCCAUGCAGUGGAACCACCGCAUGACAUCGCUCCGUGUCGCUGGUGGUCAUGGCCAGCAGACGUCGUGCUUGGACGCGCGGCAGAUCCAGCGCGUCAACCAGCAAGCCGAGGUUCUCUUCGGCAAGGAACACGUCCUGGAGCCCAACUUUGCUGCACCGAUGCCGGUCCCCGAAGUGUACGAGCACCCCGACGAGGAGGAGCUCCUUGGUGUCGAGUACGCCAUGUGCCAGUCCACCAGCUUCACUGCCAGGGACUACUACGUGCAGAAAGUUGAGGAAGAGCAGUCGCGUGAGGAAGAGGAGGAGGAGGAGGAGGAGGAGGAGUCGGCUGAGCAGGGAGACGACGAGACUGCGGACGAGGGUCUCGGCAUGUCUUCUGAUACAGAGGAGGACCCGAUAGACAGAGUCUGUGGAAAGCACGUCGUCCUCACCCAGGCAGAACAGGCGGAAGAGGAGGACAGUCCUGCCCUGCAAGACGUGCUGAUGAGCCAUCGACAUCUGCAUCUGCCAGGUAUAGAGGAAGUGGAAGCACUGGCCUUGCUCCUCCUAGAACUGGCCGACAACAGCGACCACCACCUAGUGCCGGCUGACCUCAGGCAGAAGAUCGCCGCCACCGCCAGCUCUCUCCACGACCACGACAAGACCGCCGCCCGCUUCGUCAAGCGGUACGAGUCCAGGUGGGGCUACACUUUGUUCGGUCGGUGCCUUGGGGCGGACUCUCCCGAGACCAGAGCAGCCCAGAAAACAAAGUUUGGCUGCAUGAGGUACGCUCAGGCGGCACAGGUGACCGAGGACAGUCGCCUGCUCUACCUCCUCCUCAAGAUGCUGAAGAACCGAGCGCCGACCAAUCAGCUCACCUCCCCCAGCAAGAUCACGGCUUCUUUGAAGGGACAGUAUAAGAGGAUUGCAGACCGAGUCCGAGACGACCCCAUCCUCGGCAGUCUCCCCAUUCCACUUCCCAACUUGAACGCCAAGUCCAUCUCGACCUUCACUGCCAGGGAGGAGAAAAAGGCCAACUACGGGGCGACUGUACUGCCGAAGGUGACGCCUCACCUGAAAGUGCUGUCAGACGCACCGUUCCCAGAAGCUCCUGCACUGCCAACAUCCCUCCCACCGCCAGACCGGCCUCAGGUCCAGUACCAGCACGUUCAUCACGAGGCUGGAAAAAGACGUGGUGAGAAGCGGAGAUUAUUUGUUGAAGAGCCAGAGCCUGUGCCUCCUGUGAACCGGCCCGUUCAGCCCACGGCGUCAUCCUCCUUCACUCGGCCAAAGCCUACUGCGUCCACCCACCUCCAGCCAAAGCCUGCUGCGCCCACCUAUGGACCACCCCCUGUGUCGGCAGCACCCAUACUGCUGGUUCUCCCCGCACAGCCACAGGCUCCCUCCGUCCUGUUUUCGUGGGCCAUCGUGCAGCCAGAGCUUUGUACCUCCUGCACCAACAGUCAAGGCAUUCAUGCCGAACAAGUCCUCGCGGCCAUGUGGGGCUUGCCAUGUGCCUAA